GGGAGUCUGGGAGCCAGGAGUUACAAAACACAUCUGUGGGAUUUUAUACUUCUAAAACAUCCAAAACAAAGCCUUUUUGUAGCUCUUUCUUUCUUUUUAUGAUUGGUUUUUGUUUAGUUACUGACUGACCAGUUUAAAGUUACAGGUUCAAAAAAGUAGCAUACAAACGUGCUGGUGUUAAUUUCCUUUACUCAAAGACAACAGCUUGCUUUAAUCGUGUUGGUCUUGCUGGAAUGAAUAUAUCUGAGUCUAGUUGCUGUCAAGAGGCCAGUUCUCAGCCCAGCCAGGUUGCGGAGCACGGGACAUGGGGUGCCUCCUCUAGCACUCCGGGGCCUGAGCGGGGACAUGGUUUUGACCGCAGUCGGACCACAGAGCUGGCACCGGUGCCUGGGUCUGGAACACGGACUGGAUCCCGAACAGCAGCAGAGGCAAGGACGGGAAGCCCGGACUCUACCCGCCCUGGAGCUUUGACCCUGGGCUCCAGCGAGGGGAAAUCAGGGGGGGAGUCGAGGAUCAGGAGGCCCAUGAACGCCUUUAUGGUGUGGGCAAAAGAUGAGCGCAAGCGACUGGCCAUCCAGAACCCAGACCUGCACAAUGCUGUGCUCAGUAAAAUGCUGGGUCAGUCCUGGAAGGCUCUGAGCACACUCGACAAGCGUCCGUUUGUGGAAGAAGCCGAGCGGCUCCGCUUGCAGCACCUCCAGGAUCACCCCAACUACAAAUACCGUCCUCGGAGGAAAAAACAGCCCAAGAAGAUGAAGCGAGUAGAGCCAGGUCUGCUUCUCCAAGGCUUGGCCCAUGGGGUCGCAGGAGGACCAGGAAAUGCGUACUCGCCUCACCGUCAUGCCCAUCAUCUGCUGCCUCCUCUGGGACACUUCCGAGACCUCCACCCCUCUGGAGCUCCGGAGCUGGAGAGUUUCGGCCUGCCGACGCCAGAAAUGUCCCCGCUAGAUGUGCUCGAGGAGGGAAGCGGGGAUUCAGUGUUUUUCCCCCCUCACAUGCAGGAAGAUGUGGGUCUGUCUUCAUGGAUAAACUACCACCAGCAUCCAAAUCAUCAACCCGGCCACCACCCUCACCACAACUCCCAUAACCUCCAGCAUUCCCACCCACACCUCAACCAGAAGUCUCCACUAGCCUGCCUCCCGCUUCAGGAGAAAUGCCUGGUUGUGGAGUCCCCCAAUCCUGGCGGUCUCUACCCCAACAUGAGCCUCCCGGAGUCCUCCAAAGCAGGUUAUUACGGUCAGAUAUACGGGAGCAGUCAACCUCAACCCGCCUUCACUUCUCAUCUAGGCCAGCUGUCUCCUCCACCAGAGACCUCAGCUGUGGCUCAGGUCGCUCCCCCUUCCUUGGACGCUGUGGACCAACUGGGACCUUCAGCCGAGUUCUGGGGCGAGGUGGACAGGAUUGAGUUUGACCAAUACCUGAGUGCAAGCAGGACUCGAUUGAGCAGAAGCGCCCCUUGCGAGGAGAGCAGCGCUUUGAUAUCAGCCCUGUCCGACGCCAGCAGCGCCGUCUAUUACAGCGCCUGCAUUACAGGAUAAAACUGCUUCUGCUAUGCAUCUCCAGAAGUCUGGUGCACAUAUGGAGUCUCAGAUCUGUUUGAUUUAUUCGAGUUACCUUCUUCAGGGAAUCGUCACGCCCCGGUUUCACGAAUCACUGGAGGUUACUGGACUCUAUGCACAGUUCUCACAGUAUAGACUUCACUAAAUUGCAUUUCACAGUAUGACUAGUCAUUUCUGGUCUUGAUAACCUGUACUUUCUGAGACUGUGGUCGAAUUUAACCGAUCAUUUUGCUGACUCCAUCCAGCUACUGUAUGCUUACGGUCUCAAAUGAGGGUACUGGGACGUGGAAGUCAAGAAUGUGAAUAUUUUUUUGCAAUAUACAUAUAUAUAUAUUUGUCUUUUACUUGCUUUUUACAUGGUUUAUUUCUAUUUUUAUAGACUUUUUUAUAUGAAAAUAUGUUUUGCACUGGGUAUGUGAAAACCACUCAAGACUCUUUUAUACUGCACUUAAUCUCUUUAAAAUACACAAGUUCUUAAGUAUUUUGAUCUAUUGGCGACUAAUUUAUAUUACAUUCUUUGUGGCUGAAUAUGUUUGAAUUGGGCAUUUCAUGUGGACAUGAAGUUUUGUAAUCCUCUUAGCACUUGAGGAACUUGUUGAGUUGGUAAUAACUCUCCCCCUUUUGGUAAUAAUUAUCUUCAAAUAAAAAGAGUUUGCAAUAAAAAAUGUCUCAGCGCUAUUAAAUCAAAGCAAUUAAAUUGAAAACACACAAUUGUACAUAGUAUUUCACUAACACACUUUCCCACACCACAGAGUGCAUGUGCUUUUCUAGAUGUCUUUUUUUCUUUCUUCCUAAAACAGUCAAAAAAUGUAUAUGAUAAAAUGUAUCCAUGCCUAUUUUGCCAAAUAAAGUUGUCACGAAA